UCCGCGGUCUGGCAACACGUGGUUGAGGUUCCUCAUCGAGGUGUCAGUCGGAGUUUUCACGGGAUCCGGACAGUACUCGCGGAAGAUAUCCAUGGACCACAACAGCUGGCUGGCCAAGCUCAACUUCACAGCCAGCCACUACGGAGAGCCCCAGUUCACAUGGAGCGACGGACAGUGGCCAUACAUAGCAACAUCAAGCUACGGUUCCGAUUCUGACCCGGAGCUCUUGCGUGCUGGCUUCCUCGGCGAGCUGCAGAACAUAUUCGCCCAGAACGUCAUCGUUACGAAGACGCACGAUCCGCCAUUUCCGCGAGUCAUUCCUGAUCCCGAUCAGACAAUAAAUAGCAUCGACUUCGCGGCGUACCCCAUGGACAUCACAGCACGCCGGGCGAUCCUCAUCAUCCGUGACCCGUUCAAGGUCAUACUGUCCUCGCGCCACUACCAGUUCUCCAGCUCGGUGCACGUCGAGAACGACCCCCACCCUCUUGAGCACUUCCGGGGAGAAGAUUGGCAAACAUUUAUUGAGUAUUACGCACAGAGCUGGCUCGAAUUCAACAUCCAAUGGCUCGAGCAGACUGACGACCUUCUUGUGAUACACUACGAGAACCUGCAGUCGGAGCCGUGGGCCCAGCUGGAGAGGGUGCACACCUUCCUGGGCGUGUCGCCGGACCCCGGGCGGAUGCUGUGCUUGCGGCAGCAUG